AUCAUGUUGAAGCUGGUGUUCCUGCUACUCGCUGCACUACUCGCUCUAGCUGCGGCAGUGCCAGCUCCAGUGCCUGGACCGAAGCCCGAUCCCAAUCCGCAACUCAUUUAUUCCGCAGGCUAUCCGGCCGUGGCCUAUGCUUCGCCUUAUGUCUACUAUGGCUAAAAUGACUUCGAAAUGAUGACAAUAAAGUUUUUAAAGUAAUAAAACCGCAUUUAAGAAUAUUAUCCUUUUUACACAUUUCUUUUAAGAAGUCAAAUACAAGUCAA